AUGACGAUAAACGAAGCACCAAUAUCCGUAUCACUUGCAGGUCUUCAGAAUGGUAUUGAUGAUGAAACAUUAACAAAAGCAUUUGGUCCUAAUUCCCUAGGCAUCAUCAUUGUUCGAGAUUUACCGUCAGAGUUUCAGAGCCUUAGGAAAAGAGUGCUCACAAGCGCGUCAAUCCUAGCCAACUUAACCCAGGAAGAGCUAAAAAGCCUUGAAUGUGAAGAGGCAAUGUGGUUAGUUGGAUGGUCAUGUGGCAAAGAGAAAUUAGCAAAAUCUGCGUUACCUGAUUUUCACAAGGGUUCAUUCUACAUGAAUUGUGCUUUCCACAAAGAUUCGACAUUGGAGGGCCCUGAUUCAAAAUUGGUCCUGAAGUAUCCAGACUACAAGUCAUACACAGCUUCUAAUAUCUGGCCAACUAAUGACGACCUUAAAGAUUUCGAACGUGAUUGCAAAGCAUUGUGCUCAUUAAUCAUCAAUGUAGCUGGGACUGUGGCGAAAAACUGUGACAAAUUCAUCAAAUCCAUUCAUGAGGGUUACGAAGACAACUACUUGCAAAAGAUUGUACGAAAUUCGAUGUGUACUAAGGCACGGCUAUUACAUUACUUCCCCACAACGGGAGCCGAAAACACGGCAUCGCUCGAUGAUUGGUGUGGCGAACAUCUUGACCACUCCUGUCUCACCGGGCUCACAUCAGCUUUGUUCAUGGAUGAGUCGCAAGGAUUGACUCAUGCAUUAGAUUCUUCGCCCGAUCUGCACGCUGGCUUGUACAUUAGGAACAGAAAUGGCGAAAUUGUCAAAGUGAGCAUUCCAGCUGAUUGUUUGGCUUUCCAGUCGGGGUCAACCUUGCAGGAAAUUUCAAAUGGUAAAUUCAAAGCAGUUCCGCACUUUGUUAGAGGGACCACGAAGCCGAAUAUAGCUCGAAACACAUUAGCGAUAUUUUGCCAGCCCGACUUGGAUGAGAUGGUGAAUGAUAGGGAGGAUUUUGCCACCUACUCGGAUAGAAUAUUAAAGGGUAACCACUAA